AAGUAGAUCUAGAAAUCUAGAUCUAGAUGCGUUUUUCCAUUACUGUGCUAAACGGGGCAGACAAAAUUAAAGUCGUUACUCCGGAUUCUUAUAUACACGUAUAGCGGUACAGUAUAGAUUCUAGUACAUCUAGAUCUAUACAUAUUGCAAGUAUGCCUCAAGACAGAGGUCAUCGACGUAAACAUAGCAGGUCUCAUUCACCAGUACCCACCAAGCACAAACGAAGCUGGCAGAAUGAUGUGCCUGGUGGUAGAGGCAGGGGAGGGAGACCCAUGAGGCACAGAUCUCCAUCACCUUUGAGAAGAGAGAAAAAGCAUUUUAAAGCUUCACCUAAAUUUAAUAGCCGUAAAGACUUCAGAGGGCCUUCUCCAAUUGGAAGGAAAAGUAGAUCUCCCCAUAAGAGACCUCGCCCUAGAUCACCUUAUGCUGGACGUCCUUUAAGUCCCCUCAUUCCUAGGCAUCCUCAACUCUCAAGUUCUAGAGAUCCAAAUAUGGGCUCAGGGACUAGAUUGAUGAAUGAGAGAGAAAAUUCAGUCCUCAGACCACAACAAAGACCUCAGCAAAGAUCUCUUUCUCCUAGACCACCACCAAAAGCUGGAACAGACAGGUUAAAAAAUGACCCUAAAUUUACCAAGAACUCUUCAGCUGCACAUUCUGAAAGUGCUUUGAAAAAGAAAAGCCACAGUUCAGUGAGCCCUCCACCGAAACGUCUGCGUAGUCAAACCCCACCAAACACAUCCAGUCUGAAAAGAUCAGAUCCCCAACCUCUCAACCAAAGAAGUGGCUCAAUUCCAGAGCGGAAAGUGAGUUCAUCUAGUAAGAAAAAGCCAGCGCGAAUGACAUUGCACAAGCGUUUUACUUUGAGUGACCAAGAGCCAUUUGAGUUGGAAGAGAAUGUAACUAUUGCAAUAUUACGUAAUCCAAAUGCUGAACCUUCAGAGGAUGUAACUGUUAAGAAAGUUUUUGACUCGACACUCUUCAAAAUGGUGCAUAAAAAGACUGAAGGUCGCAAACCAAUAUUUGACAGAGAAGAAAUCAAAAUAUGGCGUCAUGAUGAAAAUUUUGCUGAUGAUCCAGAUUUUGAACGUCGUCUGGUAAGAGUAAAGUCUACAUCAGCUGCACCAAAAGUUUCUUCGGACAGCCUCUCUAGAAUGUCUCCCGAUGUAAUACGGAAAGCUUUUGGGCGUCAAAUUGGUGUUAGAUCUAGGAGUAAAUCUCCCCACAGGGAUGCUCAUUUAUCUAGGAGUAGAGAACCUGAAAUAAGACUUGAUCCUAGACCAGACCCAAGGUAUGAAUCUAAAUUUAGGGAACAGCUUGAGAGAGAGGAGGGUAAAAAAAGGAGAGAUACAGAUCAAACUGGAACUACAGAGAAGAGGGUCAACAAAAGUGAGAACAGAGAAGCAAAGAGAACAGAAGAUAGAAGAGGAGAGAGAAAUGAAAGAGGCAAACCAGAACCUUAUGAUUUAAGACAAGCCCUUGAGAGGAGACGCAAUGAUAGAGUAGAUGUUGGAUUUAGAAUAGAGGUACAACGUGGAGAGCUAGACACAGGAACGGAACUUUUUUACAGAGGGUCCAGUGUUGAAAAUACCAGGAAUUUUGCUGAUUAUGGAGGAAGAAAUGUGGUGGUGGAUCAAGACCGAGAGCAAAGGAGAUUUGGUAGCCUAGAGAGAGGAGAUUCUAGAAGCAGCUGGGACAAUGACAGGCGAACUGUAAGGAGGAGAGGGAGGGGUGGUGUCCGAACAAGAGGAAAGUUUGGGAGGAGAGCUUGGAGCCCAGAAGCAGAUAAGACAGAACUAGACAUGAGGAGGGAUGACUUGAGAGAUGGGAGAAAUAGAGGCUUUGACCACAGGCCUAGAUACAGCACAAGCCCAACUAAUACAAGAGGCUGGAGAGGAGGAUAUCGAGGUCGUGGUAGAGGGCGUGGCAGGGACUUCCCCUUCUAUGAUCAGGAAAUCAGCUCGCCUACAGACAUAGAUGACUCCUUUAAAUACACACAGGUAAGGAGGAGAAAUGAACAUGAUGACAGGGACAUCUCACCCAGGACAUUCCACCCUCGUGGUCGCAGGUUUCCUUCCAGAGGCUUUGGCAGCAGUGGCUUCCGCAUGAAUGGCAGAAGUGGGUUUAGAGGUGGACCUGGAGGUGGCAGGGGCUACAGGGGUGGCUACAAGGGAGGCUUGGGUUCUGUGGAUGAUAGGAGAUCUCUAGAUAGAAGAAACACAAGCUUAGACAGAGAAUGGAAGCAUGACAUGUAUGACACACUGCAAGCAGAGGAGUCUCAGUCCCACACAGCCAAUGUUGGCUCUUAACUGGCUCUACCUGCUUGACUUAAAUCAUCUCUAGCACUUGAAGAAACCAACUGACCAUAUGGAGAUGAUUUUUUAAAAAUUUCAUCUUGAACUUAUAGAAAGUUCUAAAUCAUUUUAUUAUUGCAGAUUGCUUUUUAAAAUGUUACAUAUGUAUAUAUUAUUAUGGUACCAGGAUCUAAUCAUUGUUGUAUGGACUAAUGUGAUGUUUAAAAUUUUCAUUUAUUAAAUUCAUGUCAAAUUCAG